AUGAUUGACUGGGUGAUUUGGAGCCCCUCGGAUCUCACCGUCAAGUCGCUGCAUGACAUUUUAGCGCUUCGAGCCGAUGUGUUUGUAGUGGAACAAGAAAGCCCCUACUUGGAUAUUGAUGGUCUGGAUAUCACUGAGGGAACCGUUCAUUUGGCCGCGUUCGAUAAGGAUAGGAUAGUUGCCUACAGCCGUUUGGUUGAGAAUUCCACAAACGGUCGUGCAGUCGCCCGAGUUGGCCGAGUGGUGGUGCACAAAGAUUACAGAGGGGGCCUGGGGAGCGAGCUUUUGGAUCGCUCGAUACAAAUAUGCAAGGAAAAAUGGCCUGAACACGACAUUGUCUUAUCGGCUCAAGAACAUCUGCAAGGGUUCUAUGCCAAAAAAGGGUUUGUUGCAGAGGGGUGUACGUAUCUAGACGCUGGGGUUCCGCAUGUUGAAAUGAUUGCUAAAUGCGAAUAA